AUGUCGACAGGAAGACUUCUCGCCGAGGAGUACAUAUUGGGAAGUAACCUCGAGGUCCGGGUCGUGGUAGGGGUGAACCUCGAGUACGAAAAGACCAAGAGGGCCGUCUUUUCCGUCUGGCGGGCAAAGCAGCGAGAGGACGAAGUUUGGGUCGUCGAGACCGUCGUCAGAAACCGAACAUUCCGCAAUGACGACGACAAAUCAACCACGGACAACCAGACGCUCGGCCUGCGGUUACGCCUGGAGGACUUUGCGGAUGAAAAGACAUGCCAACGUUUCAAGGCCAAGGACAAGUCGUUCAAGGACAGAGACAUUUUUGUGUCGUGCGACGAGAUGUACGGGUAUCUGGAAAGGGCGGAGCCAAUGGAUGAGACAGCCGCAAAAGCACAAUAG